AUGGAGGUAACAAAUUUACAUCAAGAAAGAAUCUACAAAACGAUAGAACAACUUUAUUGUUCCGAGGAACUGACGUCCGGAAAGGUGAACGGACAUUUAAUAUUUCUGUCUGUGCUAAGUAUCUUUCUGUCCAUUUCCGCAUCUCUGGGGAAUACUCUGAUUCUAGCUGCACUGCGCAAGGAAUCAUCACUUCAUCCGCCGUCCAAACUCCUUUAUCGUAACCUAGCUAUAACUGAUUUUUGUGUUGGUGUCAUCUUGGAACCUCUUAUGGUGGCUUAUUGGAUAUCUGAGGCGACAGAAAGAUGGGAUAUUUGUCGCUACGUCUUCGUAUCAUCAUAUGUCAUAGGAUAUGUUCUUUUUGCAGUGUCCUUAACGACGAUAACUUUAGUAAGCUUAGACAGACUUCUCGCCCUGUUGCUAGGGCUCAGAUACAGACAAGUUGUAACUUUGAAGAGAACAUACUUAACGAUAAUAGUCUUUUGGGCUAUCUCCAUCGUCGCUGCAACAAUGUACUUUGUGAACCCAUUUGUAACUACCUGGAUUGGCAAUAUAGGUAUAAUACUCUUCUUGAUCACAUCAAUCUUGUCUUAUACCAAAAUUUUCAUUACUCUGCGUAAAAACCAAAUUCAGCCACUGGAACAUGACUCAAAAGCACAGACAACCCAACCAACGUCAAUGAACAUGGUUCGAUACAGAAAGGCAGUAUCCAGUGCACUGUGGAUACAAGUAACAUUAGUUGUUUGUUAUCUGCCGUAUGUUGUUGCGGUAGUCUUAACGCCUAAAAGAGAAUUACCUUUGCCGUAUUACCUUGCUCGACAAUUUGGGGUUACUGUUAUUUACUUAAACUCAACAUUAAACCCAUUCUUAUAUUGCUGGAAAAUCAAAGAAGUCAGACUAGCAGUGAAAGACACACUCAGACAAGUUUCCUGUUCGUCGGUUUAA